AUGGCCAUUUCUACCCCUUUAGACCCCUUCUUGAGUGGAGAGACGAGCAAGAAGACGAGGACUCUACUCCGAAUCAUCAUUCUAUUCACCAUUGCUGCGGCCGCAGUAUCAGCCCGUCUAUUCAGUGUCAUUCGAUUUGAAAGUAUAAUACACGAGUUUGACCCAUGGUUCAAUUUCCGUGCCACCAAAUACCUGGUUAAGCAUGGCUUCUAUAGCUUCUGGGACUGGUUCGACGACCGAACAUGGCAUCCUCUCGGUCGAGUGACAGGAGGUACCCUCUAUCCCGGCCUCAUGGUUACGUCCGGCGUCAUAUACCACAUCCUUCGUCUCCUAUCACUUCCUGUCGAUAUCCGGAAUAUAUGCGUACUCCUAGCUCCCGCAUGCUCUGGUCUUACGGCCCUCGCAAUGUAUCUCUUGACAUCUGAGAUGUCAUCUUCGCCAUCUGCUGGUCUUUUGGCUGCCGCAUUUAUGGGCAUUACUCCCGGAUAUAUUUCAAGAUCAGUGGCCGGCAGUUAUGAUAACGAAGCCAUUGCAAUCUUCCUCCUGGUCUUCACCUUCUACCUUUGGAUUAAAGCGGUCAAGAAUGGUUCAAUCAUGUGGGGAUCCCUGGCUGCCCUCUUCUACGGAUACAUGGUGUCUGCAUGGGGUGGUUAUGUCUUCAUUACCAACUUGAUCCCUCUUCAUGCCUUCACGUUGAUUCUCAUGGGCCGAUACAGCUCAAGAUUGUAUAUCAGCUACACGACCUGGUAUGCUCUAGGCACGCUUGCCAGCAUGCAAGUUCCUUUUGUUGGCUUCCUCCCUAUCAGAAGCAGCGAUCAUAUGGCUGCUUUGGGUAUUUUCGGGUUGUUGCAAUUGGUCGGAUUCUUCGCCUUCCUCAGAGACCAGCUUCCCGGCAAACAGUUUCAAACGCUACUUGUCGCAUUGGGUGGCGCCAUCUUCGCGAUCAUGUUCGUUGCAUUGGUUGCUCUCACAGUUUCAGGAACCAUCGCACCUUGGAGUGGCCGAUUCUACUCUCUCUGGGACACUGGCUACGCCAAGAUCCACAUCCCCAUUAUUGCGUCCGUUUCUGAACAUCAACCUACCGCAUGGCCUGCUUUCUUUUUCGAUCUGAACAUGCUCAUUUGGCUUUUCCCAGCAGGUGUCUACAUGUGUUUCCGCAAUCUCAGGGACGAACAUGUUUUCGUUGUCAUCUAUGCCGUUCUGGCAAGCUAUUUCGCCGGUGUCAUGGUUCGUCUGAUGCUGACUCUUACACCCAUUGUCUGUGUUUCCGCUGCACUUGCGCUUUCGCAUGUCCUCGACACAUAUCUUUAUGCCGGAACCCCUACAGAAAAGCCAGCCGAUGGCAGUUCCGUGACAUCCAAGGCUGGCAAAGCAACAGCAAAUCUAUCCCUGCGCUCUGUUCGCAACCCACUCAUUGGCAUCUAUUCACUCGUCUCUAAGUCCUUGAUCACUUCCAUGACCACCGGGUUUCUCCUUCUAUUUGUGGCCCACUGCACAUGGGUAACAUCCAACGCAUAUUCAUCACCAUCCGUGGUAUUAGCGUCACGACUCCCAGACGGAUCUCAACACAUCAUCGACGAUUAUCGAGAAGCCUACUACUGGUUGAGACAGAACACAGCACAAGACGCAAAAAUCAUGUCAUGGUGGGAUUACGGAUAUCAGAUUGGUGGCAUGGCCGAUCGACCAACUUUGGUCGACAACAACACCUGGAACAACACACAUAUUGCCACCGUGGGCAAAGCCAUGAGCUCAAGAGAAGAAGUCAGUUAUCCGAUUCUUCGCCAACACGAUGUGGACUAUGUUCUCGUCGUAUUCGGCGGACUUCUAGGCUACAGCGGUGACGACAUCAACAAGUUCCUGUGGAUGGUCAGAAUCGCCGAGGGCAUCUGGCCCGAGCAAGUCAAGGAACGAGAUUUCUUUACCGCCCGAGGCGAAUAUAGAGUCGACGAAGAAGCGACUCCAACAAUGAGAAACUCACUCAUGUACAAAAUGUCGUACUACAACUUCGACAAGCUCUUCCCAGCCGGCCAAGCACAAGACCGCGUCCGCGGCUCCUCGCUGCCUGCAGUCGGCCCCGAGCUGAACAUUCUGGAAGAAGCAUUUACCAGCGAAAACUGGAUCAUCCGCAUCUACAAGGUCAAGGACCUGGACAACGUCGGUCGAGACCACCAGAGCGCCGUCGCGUUCGAGAAGGGCCACAAGAAGAAGCGCAAGGCUGGUGCUAAGAAGGGCGUGCGCGUUCUCCGAGAGGAUUAA